AUGUCAGCCCAAAGACCCAACUGGAUGCAGCGAAGACCCAGGGCCGGCGGCAACCAACAGCAACAAGGCAAACCCCAAGCCAACAGAACCACGACGCCCAAGACCACCAAGCCCGCCGCGAUGAUCGUCGUCGACAGAGCGAAGGACUACCCCAAGAGCUUCCUGGAGGCGAGCUACCACGCCAUCUUCGGGGACCCGGACCUGAAAUGGGGCGUCUUCCACGCGCACGUGCGGCAGGCGCGCAAGGAGGACCGGUGGGUCGAGUGGAGCAUGCGGGACAUCGCCGAAAAGGUGCCGGACGACGCGGACCCGAGCCGUAAGAACGAGAACGUGACGCCGCAAGCGCACCGACACUACCGGUUCGCCGAAGAGGUGAACCGCUGGGUCGCGCCCGCGCGCAUUGACUUCAACGACCUACUGCAGCGCCGCUCCCACCCGGCCGACUACGACGACGACUUCUACAAGCUGCACUUCGGGAACCUGUAUGACAAGACCGUCGAGUUCGCCACCAAGUGGUUCGACGGCGGCAUCAACUACCGCCGGGUCGCGCCGGACAUCGGCAUCUGGGACACGAAUCUGCCCCCACAGUUCAUCAACUACGCGAUCGAGGUCGCCCACGAAGAUCCGGGCCAUAGCAGCUGGGCCGCCAUGAUGAACGACCCUACCCAGCGUAGGUGGCUUGUCAUUGGUAUACUCGGCAAGAUUAUGCAAAAGAAGAUCUUCAAUGAGCUUCUAUUCGGAGCAGACCCUAAUCUCGCUCAGGAAUUGGAAAGGGACGACCUCCUUUACGCAGACAAGGAAGGUUAUCAUCGCAAGCAGCAGCGUCUCAUCAAGAUACGAUGGUCAUUAGGUGAGCGACGGUCAGCUUUGAUUCCCAGUAACUUCUGGAACGAAGUGGAUGACCUGGCGGCCCGGGUGACGGAGAUAUUUUUGCCGCUUUUGAACAUGUUGCAGUUGUCGAUGCCCGACAGCAAGACUUGGUUUAAGCCGGAAAUGUUCUUGUGUGAACUUCACUAUAUCCUGGCCUACGCCGGCAUGUUUCAGGUCUGCACGGCCAUCUCGCCCUCCAUCUUCAAAUAUAUAUUCGCCACGCCCAGCGCUCGCAUGGACUACAACCAAGAGAGUCAAGCCGAUAUGGGACUUUAUUCCCAGUCCCUGGAGGCGCACACGAAGAAAGACAAGGCAUCCAUCGAAUAUAUGCGCAGGAGCGUUGCCGGGCAGCCCGUUGGAGACGCGCCUAAGGACGUGGGAACCAAAGUGCCGAAAACCUUGGCCGAGCUAGCCAUAGAAGAGCACCAUCGCAUCCGCGGCGCCAAGGUCAAGAUCGCCAUCUUCCCCAAACUCACCCGUUAUACGCCUAGGCACAAGAACAAGGGCCUUCCCCCCGAGCCCACUGCGGAACAGUAUAGGGAUCGCAACUUCAUGCAGAAAUUCAUGGACGAUAACGUCGAUGAAAUGGAGGGCCAGAUUAUCUCCGAGAUCUCGGACUGCAUGGUAGUCUACUACCAAGGCCGCAUGUAUCCCCGAGACGGCAAUGAAGGGGCACUGAUGCUGAAUUGUCACCUGAACCGCAGGGUGCGAAAAACCAACGGCCUACUAGCCUUGGUCGGCUGGCUCAUCAAGUCUCUGUUCAUGCUGGCCAGAAGAUUGUUCUGGCAUCUUGCCGUACUUACGAUCAGCAUUGCAGUCAUUGCUGGUGUAAGUUGGCUGUUAACAAAGUUAUACAGCGAACUCGACAUUUACAUGAUCUUCUCUUACAUCUGGUUCUGGGGCUGGGCUUGUGUCCUUCCCAUCACCGCCAUCGCAACUUCCUUCCUCCCUAUGGACAAAUUAACCAAGGGUUUAUUGAUUCUCGGAGCGUUUGGAAGCCAGGUAAUCUGGGCCAUGGUGUACAGGCAGUCGUUGACCGCUGCACUUCUCGCCGACAACCUCAACAACCUCGGCAAUGCGGCCCAACCAUCGCCCAAUCUAGCCGACAACCUAGGUGGAGUGUUCGGCCAAAACCUGGGUGGAGACCUGGGAGGUAUUUCCAAUGAUCCUGAUAUCCUCUCUGGAUUGUCUUGAGCGGAUUGUCUUGGGCGAUUCAAGAACUCCUAGUUGUAUGAGGUGUGCAAACGAAGAAGAUAUGUAAAUGUUAGGAGUUGUCAGUAUAGAGCACCAUUGGAGGGUUAGUUGUGCAUUCAUGGGUGAUAAGCCUUUGCACUUCCUUCGCCUCUUCUCUCUUUUCUACUUUGUUUUGUUUUUGUUUUGUUGUUUAGGCUUUAGUUUUCGGGUAAUUUUCUGUCCAACCCGCAUGUACCUUGCAGUCGGUCUUACAUUAGGAAGAUAAAAUAUUAAAAUAUUUUACCCGGAAUGAUUCGCCUAUUCUGACGUGCUUACCUACCUAAGUAGGCUCGUACUGUUUUUGAUAUAGUGUAGACGUGUAGAUAUAGGUGUCUCCACCUACCUAGGCCCUAGGGUAGGUAUCCAUGGAUGUAAUUCUAUACCACCAUGAGCAGCUACAACUAGUAAUUUCCACCGAGUCUUCAAAUAGGUCAUCGUCAACCUUGCUAUCGCGCUUCUAGUUACGCGACCUGAGAAUAUUGCCAUAAACAGCGACACAGCUACCCAUAAAAGCAGCGCUAUCGACAAUAUAGCUAUAAGCUAUAC